AUGAACGGUGACUGGUCACAACUGGCCAGUCUUGAAAAAUGUUGGCAACAGACAGACAAGAUGGAUUUUGACAUGACUCAAGUGGUCACCCACAGUGAUACGGAAGGUGAGGAUGAAGAAAAUGAAAAAAGUGCUCCUGUUGCCCACAUCAAAGUGCUCAAUCAACCAUCCCUGAAAAAGAAGCUUUAUCCCAUACACAAAGGUGAUAAUACAGUUGGAAGGCAUGAUUUAUGUCAAGUUUCCAUUCCUGUCAGGUCAUUAUCUAAAAAACAUGCCUGCAUUGAAGUCCGAGGUCGUUCACAUUUUAUCUAUGAUAUGGGUAGUCGCAACAAAACACGCCGAGGAACACAUUACUUGACACCUGAAGUACGUUAUGAAUUAAGGAAUAAUGACAUGGUGGUAUUUGCAGAUGUCAGCUGUAUUUACUUGGUAGAAGACUCUGCUCGGGCGAGUGAUUCUGGAUCUGAGACAGACCCUAUGUCUGACUCCGAGACAGUUUUUCACACUGUUGCCGUUGACAUGUACAAUUCAGUGGAACCCACUGUGAACAGGGUCGUAGAACCAGAGUUGAUAGAUGUUGCAGUGACAAGUGACCCAAACAGCUGUGACAGUGCUGCAAGUAGUGACAUCCUCAUGCCCACCCAGGAUUUUGCGGUCAUGAAGAUUAAGCAAGAAUCACAGAAUCAGAAAGACGCAGUUCCAAGCAAUGAAUCUCCCGUGAUAAAAAAUGCCAGCAGAGAAGCAAUCAAAUUUCUUGUUGUUGAUUCAGAUUCUGAGAAUGAACAAGAGAAUCUAAAUACUAAAGAGACGCUUCAUUUCCAAAACAAUGGUAACAAUGAAGAUUCAUUGGAUAUGGAGUUAUUGGCUGCUCCCACCCAAAUCUGUGUUGCUGACUCAGAGGAUGAUGAUAACAAGUCUGAGAUCUUAGACAUGGUUCAGGACUAUAAAACUACAGACAACUCGUUCUUUGUUGCUGACACUCAAUCAGAUGAUUCACCAAAGCCACCUAUUACAGACUCUGAAGAACCUACAGAUGGCAAGACUGAUAGAAAUGGUUCAGCCUCUCCAACAUCUCCUUUCAGAACUUCAUUUGUUGGCUCUCCUCGUACAUACUCCAAAAAAGAUGCAUGUAACAAAAGCAGACCAGAGCUCAUGCCUUCAAAGUCUAUCAACACAGCCCAAAAAGAUGAGGAAAAACCAGUUGAAGAAGAUUGUGAAGAGACACAAGAUCCCAAUUUGUUUGCCCUGUCUACUUUGGUUCCUGAUGAAAAUAUCUUGCGUUGUCCAACCUCUCCAGACAGCAAAUCACCACCAGCAAGUCCAAAUAGUAACAAGAAUACAACACUUAAUACCACUAAUGAUGAAACUGAAACUGUAACAGCUGAUGAGAAAGACACUCUCCCAGUCAGCGGUGAAGGAGCUACUGUACCAGUUAAUAGUGAAGAAGCUGAAACUGUCCCUGUUACCAACGAUACAGCCACCAAUAAUACAGCUGACACCCAAAUGGUCAGUGAUCAAGAAACUAGUGUUGCAGUUUCAGACACCAUCCCAGUCACAAGUCAAAAUGCUAUUUCAUUUUUGGCUAACAAAGAUAGUGACAACAGUAUUAUCUUAGAUAAUAAGACACCCCUUCUUGUGAGUGGGCAAGAUUUGGCAACUGUUGAAAUAACGACUGAUGAGACCAUGGUUGUUGCUUUGGACAUUGAUGUUCGGGACAGUGAGACUGUUGAAGUUGACCAACUGCAAGAAGAUUCUUCUCAGCAAAAGCAAUCCAAGGAAGAUAACUCUGGAGCUGAACCACCUUUAAAACUGGAAGAAGAAUCUGAUAUGAAUGAAUCCAAAAGACACCCCGAGACCUGCACAACAAGUACACCAUCAAAGGAACCAUCUUCACCCUUUCAGUUACUCUCAGAUAUUGAAAACUGUACUAAAGCCCAGAAAGAGCCUGUCCUGAAAAACAUAGCUACUCCUGUGAAAGGAAAUCCUCUAAAUGCAGACCUCUUAUCAGAUGUCAGUGUUGGAAUCUUUGAUGUACAUGUCAGUGUACCUCUUCCUGUUACACCUUCAGCAAAAGGUAAGUCACCAAAAAUUCCAAUGAGACAAAGUGAUGAUGAAAUCCUUGAGGCUACACAACCUUACAUGAUUGACUGCUUAGAUUCUCCACCUGUGCAAAAGAAGAAUGUUAAAGCCAAACGAAAUCUGCCAUUUGAUAUGGGAAUCACAGAAGAAAGUGAUGCCAACAAUGAAGAUGAGACCCAACCUUAUAUGUUGGAAGAUAACAAACAAGAUGUUGAAAGCCACAGUCGUGCAUCUUUCAGGAGAGGUGCUGACCAUGAGAUUUCUGAUGAUGAGGAAGGAGUUUCAGUUAAAGCAUCUCCCAAAGAGAAGAGCUUAAAAAAUGUGACAAGUUAUCAGGAAUCAGACACUUUGCCUCUUCUGGCAGAAAAUGAGAGUGAUACUGACAAAAUUGUGUCAGAAUCAGAGGGAAGUCAAACUUCUAGAUCCACUGCAGGAAGAAACGGCAGCAAAAAGGUGCAAGCCGUUAAAGAUCUGAAAGAAGAAACUGUCACAUCUUUGAAAACAGGACAGGAAACUCAGAAUGUUGAACUCACCAAAACAGAAGAGUUACAGAGUGAGGAGAAAUUUCUAAAUGCACCAAAAGAAUGUUCAAGUUUGGUUAAUGCUAAAAUGACGGAAACUUCAAAACUAAGUAAGAUUUUGCAGUCAAAAGAGGCUAGUCCUUCUGUUUCCAUUGCCCAAACGAUUUUGGGUGAAAAACAACCAACCAGAAGGAACUCAAAAGACAGUGAGGAGAGCGGAGAGGCUGCUAAGCUAAAGCCAAACAAACGUGGCAGAAAAAGAAAGACUGCUGAAGAAAAAGAAAGUGCUGACAAGGUAGCUCUUCCUGCUGAACAUGUUGGAGCAGAAAUAGAAGUAGAAGAAGAGGAAAUAGGUUCCAAAACCAAAAAGACCAGACGAAGUGUCCACUUCGUCGGAAUUUCUUCAAGUGAUGAGUACUCCCAAGAGUCUACCGAAACUCGUUCAUCUCGUUCACGACGAAAGGAAAGUCAGGAAACUGAGAAUGAAACAGUUGGCCGGAAAACAAGAGGUAGAACUUCCAAUGCUCGAGAAAAGGGGAAAAAGGGAACCAUCUCCAAGAAGACUGACGUAACUGAAACUGAAGAAAGUUCUUCAAAAGGGAGACGAUCAAGAGGACCCCCAGCUGGCAGGGGACAGAGGUCAGAAAAAAAGGCUGUGUCACAGGAAAAAGCAUUAUCUCCUCCCCCACAAAAAAGUAGUAACGUGUCUUCUGACUCAUUCGAGAGCAGUGAAAGCAUGGACCUUGCAAAACAAGAACCCAAAACACCAACUGCUAGAAAACGAAACCAGAGUAGUCAAUCAAGCAGUCAAAGCAGCCCCUUUACCACCCCAAAACGGCAGCAGCUGAAUAGUUCUUUGUCACCUAAUACACCGUCCUCAAGAAGUUUGUCCAGUGGCUCUAAGCCAAAAGUCAUGUUUACAGGUGUGACAGAUGAUAAACUCCAGAAGAUUGUCACUGACCUUGGAGGAAGUGUUGUGACGGGUUUUGAUAGCUGUACCCACUUAGUAACAGACAAGAUUCGUCGAACUGUGAAAUUUCUCUGCUGCUUAGCACGCGGUAUUCCCAUUGUUUCUCCAUCCUGGCUAGCUAAUUGUAAGACAGCCAAGAUGUUCACAGAUCACACGACUCAUCUUGUGUCAGAUUCUAAUACAGAGAAACAAUACAAGUUCUCCUUGAAAAACUCUUUGCAACAUGCACGAACGGGACCUUUACUGGAAAAUUACAAGAUACAUGUAACAAAAUCUGUAAAGCCAAAUGUGGACCAAAUGAAAGAAAUCAUGGACAGUUGUAAGGCACAGUUCUUGAAAAGGAUGCCAAGUGAAGAAGCAGAAAAUACAAUUGUGAUAUCUUGUGAGGAGGACCGCACUCUAUGUCAGCCAGCUUUGGAUGCUGGCAUUCCAAUUGUAAAUGCAGAGUUCAUACUGACUGGCAUCUUGCAGUACAGUAUCUCCGUCAGUAAGUAUCAGAUUUUUGACAGUUCUUCUGGAAGCAAAAGGAAGCUAGUGGCCACAGACAAAGGAAACGCAAAAAGACGAAGACGAUAG